GGAGACACCAUGACUGCCACACUCACAACUCUGCUCUUUAUUGGCCUGGGUUUUGUCCUUAAGACAGGAGUGCAGACAGGAAGCCUCCCCAAACCCAGGCUCUGGGCUGAACCAGCAGCUGUGAUCAAGUGGGGAGCCACUGUAACCAUCUGGUGUGAGUCGACAUUGGGGGUACAGGAGUACAUUCUGAAAAGAAGAAGAUUCCAAGGGCCAUGGGGCAUAGAGAGCCCUCAGCAGCUCAGGAACAAGGCCAAGUUCGACAUCCCAUCAAUAACUGAUGAUGAUGCAGGACAGUAUCUCUGUUACUACCGCACAGCUUCUGGCUGGUCACCAUCCAGUGAUGUCCUGGAGCUGGUGGUGACAGGAGUCUAUGGCAAAGCCAGCCUCUCAGCCCUGCCCAGCCCUGUGGUGACCUCAGGAGGGAAGGUUACCCUCAAGUGUGGGUCACAGGUGAGAUUUGACAGAUUCAUUCUGACUGAGGAAGGAACAGACAAGCUUCCCUUGGAACUGAAAUCACACCAAGAUGGCAAUGGACACUUCCAGGCCCUGUUCCCUGUGGGCCCCGUGACCCCCGAGCAGAGGCGGACAUUCAGAUGCUAUGGCUAUUACAGCAGAAAACCGCAGGUGUGGUCAGAGCCCAGUGAUGCCCUGGAGCUCCUGCUCUCAGAGAUCACCCCAAAACCCAAGCUGCAGGCUCAGCCAGGCUCUUUGAUACCACGUGGGAGUCCUGUGACCCUGUGGUGUGAGGGGACCCUGGAGGCCCAGCAAUACCAUCUGUACAGAGAGGGCAGCCCAGCCUUCUCAGACAUACAGACCUCUCCUGGGCACAGGAACAAGGCCAAGUUCUCCAUCCCAUCCAUGACAGAGGAUGAUGCAGGGUGGUAUCGCUGUUACUAUAGCAGCCCCGCUGGCUGGUCACAAUACAGUGAGGCACUGGAGCUGGUGGUGACAGGAGUCCACAGCAAACCCAUCCUCUUAGCCCUGCCCAGCCCUGUGGUGACGUCAGGAAGAACUGUCACCCUCCAGUGUGGAUCCUGGGAAGAAUUUGACAGGUUCAUUCUGACUGAGGAAAGGGAAACCAUGUUCUCCUGGGCACAGGACUCACAGAAAGGCCCCAGUGGGGAGAUCCAGGCCCUGUUCCGUGUGGGUCCUGUGAACCCCAGCCACAGGUGGACCUUCAGAUGCUAUGGCUAUGGCAGGAGCCAACCCCAGGUGUGGUCAGAGCCCAGUGACACCCUGGAGCUCCUGGUCCCAGGGACCCUCGCUAAGGUCUCUUUCUGGGCUGAGCCAUGCUGUGUGAUCCCCCGGGGGAAGCCUGUGGCCCUCAGAUGUGAGGGGACUCUGAAGGCCCAGGAGUACUAUCUGGAUAAAGAAGGGUGGCCAGCACCCUGGAACAGAAAGACUUUAGCUACACCGAAGAACAGGACCAAGUUCUCCAUCCCAUCCAUGAGAGAAGAUGAUGCAGGGCUCUAUCGCUGUUACUAUCACAGCCCUGCUGGCUGGUCACAGCCCAGUGAGCUCCUGGAGCUGGUAGUGACAGGAGUCUACCACAAACCCAGCCUCUCGGCCCUGCCCAGCCCCGUGGUGCCCUCAGGAGGGAAUGUCACCCUCCAGUGUGGGUCACAGAGGAGAUUUAGCGGGUUUGCUCUAUCUAAGGAAGGCGGAGACAAGCACUUCUGGAUGCUGGACUCACAGCAAGACCGCAGUGGGCAGUGCCGGUCCCGGUUCCCCGUGGGCCCUGUGACCCCCAGCCACAACUGGAAGUUUCGAUGCUACGGCUGUGUCAAGAGCACACCGGAGUUGUGGUCAGAGCCCAGUGACCUCCUGGAGCUCACAGUGUCAGGAGGGCCUGAGGAUCAGCCCCUCCCACCAGAGUCCGGACUCCAGGAUGGCAGCACCCCUGGCCUGCAAGGGAACAAUAAUGUUCUGACCUGGGUCUCCAUGCCCUGCUCCCUGCUGAUGCUCAUUCUCCUCCUCGUCUUUCUGUACUGGCACCAGCAAAGAAGCAGGGAGAGAGACCCGGACACCCUGCCUGCUGCCCCUCAUGGCCACCUGACACCUCCCUGUCUCCUGAGAUCCAGCCCAGCUGCUGUCACCCAGGAAGAAAACCUCUAUGUCACCAUGAAGGACACAGAGCCUGUGGACAGAGUGGAGCUGGAUGCUCAGGUGAGACCCCGCCCCAUCCAGGGCACAGGGACUUCCUGUCUCCCAGUUCAGCCCAGGGAUGCUGCUCUGUCCUGCACCACUCAGCUCUGAGGAACCUCACACCUGAACCCUCCCUUCUGGAAACCCCAGCCUCUGCCUGCUGAGACCCCACC